CCCCAAGUAAAAAACUUGUUCGAUUUGAUUUGAGACAGUUUGAUUAGGAGAAAUGCCGUUUCUCCUCCGCCCAACGACGCCGUGUCUCCUCUUUCCGCCGCCGCAAUUUCAGCGACGGAGCUCUUCACUUUUACUCAAGCUUCCAAUCCAACCGUCGCCGAGACCUCUAAGAUCCGGGAAAUCCUCCGUUUUCCUUGUUCGGGCCAAUACAGCCGUCAAUUCGCUAAAACCCUUCGAGAAUGUUAAACCCUAUCUACAAUCGGAAUCGAGAACCAUCCUCGCUGGCUGGCUCUGCAGCUUGGUCUCUGUUGUCUCGCUUUCCCAGAUUAUCCCCAGGAUCGGCUCAUUCACCUCCAACCUCAACGCAAACGCCGCGAGCCCGAUGAAACUCAGAAACGCGGCUCUCGUGCUGGCGGCUCUGUUUCUGGCUAGGGUCGUCGCCGGUUAUCUGCAGCAAGCGUAUCUCUGGGAGGCCGCGUUGAAUUCGGUUUACAGGAUUCGGGUUUUCGCGUAUCAGAGGGUUUUAGAGAGAGAAUUAGAGUUCUUCGAAGGUGGGAAUGGGAUCUCAUCAGGAGAUAUUGCGUACCGUAUCACUGCCGAAGCUUCUGAAGUUGCUGACACCAUGUAUGCUCUUCUCAACACGGUUGUGCCCAGUGCUUUCCAGAUUUCUGCAAUGGCGACACAUAUGCUAGUUGCAAGUCCUGUUUUGACACUAGUCUCUGCAAUGGUGAUCCCAUCUGUUGCGCUUGUGAUAGCAUUUCUUGGUGACCGGCUUCGCAAGAUAUCAAGAAAGGCUCAGAUUGCCUCUGCUUCACUUUCUUCCUACUUAAAUGAGGUCCUUCCUGCAAUUUUGUUUGUCAAGGCUAAUAACGCAGAGAUCUCUGAGACUGUGAGGUUUCAGAGGUUUGCUCGUGCUGAUCUAUCUGAACGUUUUAAGAAGAAGAAAAUGAAGUCACUUAUCCCUCAGAUUGUUCAAGUGAUAUAUCUCGGAUCAUUGUCGGUGUUUUGUGUUGGAGCGGUGACACUUGUAGGCUCUUCUUUAAGCUCUAGUGCGAUUGUGUCCUUUAUGACAUCAUUAGCUUUCUUGAUCGAGCCUGUCCAGGAUCUGGGAAAAGCUUACAAUGAAUUGAAACAAGGAGAGCCAGCGAUAGAACGAUUGUUUGAUUUGGCCUCCUUAAAAUCCAAGGUGGUCGAGAGAGCUGAAGCCAUUCAAUUGGAAAAGGUUGCAGGCGAAGUUGAAUUACGCGAUAUUUCGUUUAAAUAUGGAGAAGAGAUGAUUCCCGUCUUAGAUGGGUUGAAUCUUCAUAUUAAAGCAGGAGAGACUAUAGCCCUUGUUGGGCCAUCUGGUGGAGGAAAGACAACACUGAUCAAAUUGCUUCUCCGCCUUUACGAACCUUCAUCUGGUUCUAUCUCUAUUGACAAAAACGACAUCAAGGAUAUCAAACUGGAAAGUUUGAGGCAGCAUGUUGGUCUGGUUUCACAGGACAUAACUCUGUUUACAGGGACAGUUGCUGAAAACAUUGGGUACAGAGAUCUCACGACAGGGAUUGACAUGAAGAGAGUUGAGCUUGCUGCAAAAACUGCAAAUGCUGAUGAAUUUAUCAGAAAUCUACCAGAGGGAUACAACACAGGAAUCGGUCCCAGGGGCUCAAGCUUAAGCGGAGGCCAGAGGCAAAGACUAGCUAUUGCAAGAGCACUCUAUCAGAACUCAUCCAUACUGAUUUUGGACGAAGCAACAUCGGCAUUGGAUAGUAUGUCAGAGUUACUAGUCAGACAAGCUCUUGAACGUGUAAUGGAAGACCAUACGGUAAUUGUGAUUGCACAUAGACUGGAGACAGUUUUGAUGGCGCAGAGAGUGUUCUUGUUGGACAAGGGAAACCUGAAGGAGUUAAGCCGCUCGUCUCUGUUAAAUACUCACAAGGACUCACUCUCAUCAGCAGGACUCGUGAUUUGAGAUCAACAUGGUAUGUAGAUAAAGAGAAGAAGAAACAUUCCUGUGUGUGUAAACCAUUCAAUUAUUGUUUAAAAAUAGGAAGUACAAAUCAUUUGUGAGCUAGAAAGCCUACUGAGUUUUUGUAUCUUUCCCUAGUUAUGCCUUUUGAUACAUAGCAAAACUUGUGACAUUAUACAUGUAAUAAAAUAUAGCAAAAGAGCAAAUCUUGGUUUAUAGUCAUGUAAAGAAGAAGAAUGAUUCACUGUUUCACCAUGAAGGAGCUUUUACAACUACAUCCACCCACAGCGGCUGGGUUCUCAGCUACCACGAAAGCAGAACGGAUCAGUUCCUCCACGUAAUCAACCGUAGCGCCUUUCACAAAGUCAUACGAAACAUUAUCUACAACCAAUUUCACACCGUUCCUCUCGAAAACCCUGCAAUGAGAUUGGUUCUAUGAUCAAGCUCAAACACGUACUGGAAACCAGAACACCCUCCAGUUUCUACACCCAACCGAAGCAGUUUUUUCUCCGGUUCGCUAGAUUGUAACUCUUUCAUUCUCCGGAUACAAUUAUCGCUAAGAUGGACAGCGUCGAGGGAAGAAGAUUCAGAUUGGGAGGAAGAAGAUGAAGCUUCUUUGAGAGCAGAAGCGGAAGAAAAAUUAAGCAUCCGAUGAUUUUCUCUAAUACGAGCAGACAGAAACGGAACAACGCGUUUCACCAGAGAUCUAGACAUGUUUCAAUCCUUCGGAAUCUCUCUAUCUUUCUACUAUAUACGAUUCAGAGCCUCUUCGCCAUGGAAGACAAAUCUUUCAAGCUCUCUGGAAAACUUCUUAUUUUUCUGGGAAUUUUCUUAGUUCGUCAAAAACUUGGAUUUUUAAGACGAUGGAGGCGAAAGAAAGAUUUGGUCGUGUUAAAACCACGCUUCUUUUAACAUCCACGUAAUCUAUUUCUAU